AUGACAUUAAGUUCUCAUCAAAUACUGAGCCUUACAGGUAUAAGUUUCCAAAGGAAAAGCAUCAUUGGAUUUGUAGAAUUAACAAUUGUUCCACUUAGAGAUACAUUAAGACUUAUAAAACUAAAUGCAAAACAAUGUAGGAUUUAUAGAGUAUGUUUAAAUGACACGUAUGAAGCACCAUUUCAAUAUUUUGAUCCAUUUUUAGAUAUUUGCCAAGGAGAUGGCAAGCAACGAUCAUUAGAAUUUUUUUCAAAUAUGCAUUUAGCAGCUGCACAAAGAGUUGAUCCAGAUAAUAAUGCAGGAGAAUUAGUUGUACAAAUUCCACCAGAUGCUGCACAUUUAGUUGCUGAAGGUAGAAGUUUAAGAAUUAGCAUUGAGUUUUCUUUAGAACAGCCCCAAGGUGGGGUACAUUUUGUUGUUCCAAAUUGUGAAGGAACAUUAGCAGAGAGAGGUGCACACAUGUAUACAUAUAGUUAUGAAAAUUCUUCAAGAUUAUGGUUUCCGUGUGUUGAUAGUUUUGCAGAACCAUGUACUUGGAAAUUAGAAUUUACUGUUGAUGAUUCUAUGACAGCUGUAUCUUGUGGAGACCUUGUAGAAGUUGUAUAUACUCCAGAUAUGCGUAGGAAAACUUUUCACUAUGUCCUUAAUACACCUGCAUGUGCGCCAAAUAUUGCACUUGCAGUUGGACCAUUUGAGAUAUUUGUAGACCCAUAUAUGCAUGAAGUAACACAUUUUUGUUUGCCACAAUUAUUACCAUCACUGAAAGUCUCUGCAAAAUAUAUGCAUGAAGCAUUUGAAUUUUAUGAAGAAACAUUGUCAAACAGAUAUCCUUAUUCUUGCUAUAAACAAGUUUUUGUAGAUGAAUUAGAUGAAGAUAUAAAUGCAUAUGCUACUAUGAGUAUUUUAAACACAAAUUUAUUACAUUCAACUGCAAUUAUUGAUCAAGUUUAUGUUACAAAGAAAGCUAUGGCACAAGCUGUUGCAGAACAAUUUUUUGGUUGUUUCAUAUCUAUGCAAAAUUGGUCUGACACGUGGUUACCUAAAGGUAUUUCAACAUACCUAACUGGUUUAUAUGCAAAGAAAUGUUUUGGAAAUAAUGAAUACAGGGAGUGGAUACAAUCGGAAUUGCAAGAAGUUGUAAAAUAUGAAGAACAAUUUGGAGGAAUAAUAUUAGAUCCUUCUCAGCCACCAGCUCCAUUACCUAUUACGGCUAAUACACCAGCACCUACACCCAGGACUCCAGAUCCUGGAUUUUAUUUUCCAAUAAGAAAUUUACACACAAUGUCUCCAAAAUAUAUUGAAGUGCUUCGUAAAAAAGCACACUUAGUUAUUAGAAUGUUAGAACAUCGAAUUGGGCAAGAAUUACUUCUACAGGUUUUCAAUAAACAGUUAUCUCUAGCUGCUAAUGCUGCACAACAAAAAAUCGAUUCUGGGCUUUGGUCGCAUAUGUUAAUUAGUACAAAUGUGUUUACAAAAGCAAUUUUUACUGUAACUGGUAAAGAUAUGGCUGUUUUUAUAGAUCAAUGGGUUAGAACUGGUGGACAUGCAAAAUUUAGUUUAAGUUUUGUAUUUAACAGAAAAAGAAAUACAGUAGAAUUAGAAAUUCGACAAGAUACUACAAAUCAAAGAGGAAUUAGGAAAUAUGUUGGUCCACUUUUAGUUAAUAUUCAAGAAUUAGACGGCACUUUUAAACAUACCUUACAAAUUGAAGGUACUGUAGCAAAAGCAGAUAUAACAUGUCACAGUAAAAGUCGUAGAAAUAAAAAGAAAAAGAUUCCACUGUGUACUGGAGAAGAAGUAGAUAUGGAUCUUUCUGCUAUGGAUGAUUCUCCUGUGUUAUGGAUAAGAUUAGAUCCUGAAAUGACACUUUUACGUGCUGUUCAAAUUGAACAACCUGAUUAUCAAUGGCAAUACCAACUAAGGCAUGAAAGAGAUGUUACUGCACAAUUAGAAGCUAUUGAAGCCUUGCAAAAUCAUGCUACACCAGCUACCCGAUUAGCAUUGACUGAUACUAUAGAAAAUGAACAUUGCUAUUAUAAAGUUAGAUUACGAGCGGCACAUUGUUUAACUAAGGUUGCUAAUGCUAUGGUUGCAACAUGGGCAGGACCACCAGCAAUGUUAGCCAUAUUCCGAAAAUUAUUUGGGUCGGCUUCAUGUAGACGUAUAAUUAAACAAAAUAACUUUUCAAACUUUCAACAUUAUUUUUUGCAAAAGACUAUACCUGUAGCCAUGGCAGGUUUACGUAAUGCUCACGGUAUAUGUCCGCCAGAAGUUUUAGCCUUUUUGAUGGACUUAUUUAAAUAUAAUGAUAACAGUAAAAAUAGAUAUUCAGAUAAUUAUUAUAGGGCUGCAUUAAUUGAAGCUCUUGGAGCUACAGUUACACCUGUAAUUAGUGUGCAGCAAGGGACAGCUAUUACUGCAGAAUCUCUGUCAGUUGAUACAAGAGCUAUAUUAGAGGAAGUAACAAGAAAUUUAAAUUUGGAAAAAUUAUUGCCAUGUUAUAAGUAUACAGUUAGUGUUUCUUGUCUGAAAGUCAUACGGAUUUUACAAAAGUUUGGUCACCUUCCAAGUAAUCCUCAUCUCUUUAGAGCAUAUGCUGCAUAUGGACAAUUCAUAGAUGUUAGAGUUGCAGCAUUACAAGCAUUAGUUGACUUUACUAGAGUAGAUGGCAAAUGGGAAGAUUUAGAAUUUUUAUUAGAUAUGAUAGAAAUGGAUCCCCAUCCUGGAGUACGACAUAGAUUAGUGAGACUUAUGGUUGAAAACCGACCAUUUGAAAGAGCACAUAAACAUCGAUUAGAUCGUCCUGAAUUGGUUGACCGUAUAUGGAAUUUAAUUAAUGGUAUGCUUUCUCAUGAUCCUAAAAUUCGAUGUGAUCUAGUUGAUUUAUAUUACACUUUGUAUGGAUCAAAACGACCAUUCUGCCUUCCUAUUCCUGAGCUUGCUGCUAUUACUAAACCAAAAAGAACAGGACCUCCAAGUCCAGAACAAGAUAUAAAACCAAAUGUAUCACAUAUAAAACAUGAAUCAUCAAUAGUAGAAAUCGAAAAUGCAAGUGGACCAGGCAAAAGAAAACCUUCUCCACAUAGAGAAGUUCCAGGUCCUUCUAAUUCAGUUGAUUAUGGUCCAGAAAUAAAGAGACAAAAACAGGAUGAUCGAACGCCAUCUGUAAAUAGUGAUGGAAAAGUAAAAUCAGAAUAUUAUAGUGAUAAUUCUGCAUCAUUACCUGGUAUUAUGGGGGCACCAGGACCAGUAGGUUUUGAGCCAGGGAUGUUUAAAAAAGAAGGAGAGGAUCACAAACAAAAAAGUGAUUCUGCCAAUAAGAAUAAGAAAAAGAAAAAGGACAAAAAGAAACAUAAACACAAACAUAAACAUAAACAUGAUCAUAAGCAUGGUAAAGAUAAAGAGAAAAAAGACAAAGAUAAAGAUAAAGACAAAGUUAAAGAUAAAGAAAAAGAUAAAGAAAAAGAUAAAACUAAAGAUUCUUCAAAUUUAAAAAUUAAAGAAGAAACUUUAAGCUCAGCCAGUUCCAGUCUCAGUCCAGAUGCAACGACUGUUACUAAUGAAUUUAUUUUUCCAUAGUAAAAUAUUGGACAACGUAUAUAGGCUUUUAAAGCUAUCAUUGUUUAUACCUUAUAUAAUUUUUAUAUAAUUUAAG